GAAAAUUUUUUCCCCAGGCGCCGGGAAGGGUCGCUACGCCUCUGCUUGUUGUGACAUUGACAACAAAAAUAUGACGGAGGUUGGGGUUUAAUUAAGGUAAAGAGAAGUAAAAAAAUGUCAUAAGUUACGAUAUAAUCACUAAUUGAUGAAAAGAAAAACCUGAAAUGAAAAUAGUCAUUCAAACAAUAAGAAAAAACUCAAACUAUAUAGUAAUAGUAAGAUCAAAUAAACAUUAGUUAAAAAAGCGUGAUUUAAUACAUGGAUACAAGUUGCAUCUCACAAUGCUUCUAGAAUUAAUAAAGUUGUUUGUUAGGAAAUUCAGUUUUUAAAGGGCAGAAUUUAAAAAAAAAAUGCUUUGUAAUACGGACUAUACAACAAGACAAUCAUAUUUAAAUACAUUUUCAUACGAAUAGAAAUUAAAGGGAAGCUACUCUAAAUAACAUUUUCUCAAGAUGGCUGCUGUUUUUAAUAGCAGAUUUACUAUCUCGAACAGGGUUGAUAAAAAUUAAUUUCAGGAUAUUUAAAUUGAUUUAAUCAUAAAUGAUACUUUCUCCCCUGGAUGAUAAUGUUUAAAGCUAUUCUGUGGAGAUGAGUCGCCAGCUUUUGCAAUGCUGUUUGUUAUCAACAAAAAAUAUAAUACAUCGUCAUAGUUCAUUGUUCUUCAAAAAUACUUUCCAGUCUAAUGGGCUGUCACUUAUAAGAAAAAAAUCUACUGACAGUCAAGGUUAUCUUAAAAAAUGUGAAAGAUCAUUCAAUUUAUACAGCAAUAAAAAACUUGUUUGUAUUAGAAAUAAAAACUUAAGCUCGGCACGAGAAUUUCAUACAAGCACUAGAAGGCAGAUACCGCCAAUUUUUUGGGUGGUUCUUAAACCUUUGGCAAAGUUUGGGGCAGCUGUAACUGGCAGAACUGUGAGAAUUUGGUUCAAACGACUUGACCCUCAGAGAAAGAAGGACAUACUUGCCAAGCUGAAACAGAAAUGGUAUAUACCUGCUGGAAUUGUGUUUGUAACGGCCCUUGCUGGAACCUACUAUUACAUAAGCCACCUGGAAGAAACCCCAAUCACUGGGAGAAAAAGAUUCAUUACAUUCACACAUGAGCAGAUUGCCAAAAUUUCUGAAGCAGAGGCAGAAAUGCUUAUUCAGCUGUACAAGGAUAAAUAUUAUGCACUCAACGAUCCACAAACGCAGCGUGUCCUUCAAGUGGCUCGUAGAUUACUGAAAGCCAAUCCAGAGCUGAGACAAAUGCAGUUUGAUGAGUGGAAAAUUUUUGUCAUCAAAGAUCCACUUGUCAACGCAUGUGUUUUACCAAGUGGCCAUAUGUUUGUGUUUGAUGGUAUCUUGCAACUGGCCAACACACAGGACCAACUAGCUGUGAUACUUGGGCAUGAAAUGGCCCAUGCUGUCCUAGGUCAUGGGAUUGAAGAGCUUAGCUACAGUGGCGCUGUGGAUAUUCUUAUUAUUUUUUGCUUAGCUGUGAUUUGGUUUUUUAUUCCUUUGGACUCCUUUGCUGUAUUAACUCACUGGUUGUACAACAGAGUGAUUCAGUUAAUGAUGCACAUGCCUCACAGCAGGAAAAUUGAAUCAGAGGCUGAUCGUGUUGGCUUGAUGUUUGCUGCCAAGGCAUGUUAUGAUGUGCGUGAUGGGACAGUGUUGUGGAAAAAAAUGUCCUUCAAUGAAAAGCUAACUCAAGAAGGAUCCACCCCUGAGUGGAUGCAGACACACCCAGAUAGUUUAAAAAGAGCAGAGCACAUAGAUUUUCUACUGCCUAAGGCUGAGACAUGGAGAAAUCAAAUGAAAUGUCCCAAACUACCAGCAAAUGAUCCAAGAGCAAGUAUACCAAUUUUAUCCCAAUUUAUCAAUGACCAGAUGCUGGCCACUAAGACAGGACAAGACUUAAGAAAAGUUCCUUUACAACCACAUGUGGUAGUGUUAAAAAAGUCAUAACUUUUUUGAUGUAAUAAUUGUUAAUUACAAUUUACAGUGUAAAUGAGAGUUGGAGGUAGUUUUCUGAAAAAUGUAACAUAUAUUUAGUACAAUGACGAUAAGUUUGUCAAGAAAACCCUCUUGUCAUCCUUUUGGGUAGAAUCUUUAGCUUGUAGAGUUUAAAUUUGUACAUGGAAUCUGUUUUGGUGUUGAUUUAUUCUAACUCAGCAUCAAUACUUUUAUUAUGUGCCUUUAUGCACUAAAAUUUUGCUAUUCACCUUAUAAAAUAAAAACUUUUCUUUAACAUUUUUAUUAAUAGGAAUGUAGCAAGAUUAAUUGAUGAGAUUUAUAACAUUGAAAAUCAUUGCUUGGCUUAUAUGUAAAAAAAAAACACUUUUACAUUGCAUGAAAAUAAUGCAAAAAAUCUAAUUUUACUUUAACAUUGUUUAACUAGUGAUUUGUAAAUAUAGUUGUUUAAAAUCUAUGUUCAUCCUGAAACAAAAGCCUUUGAUUAUCUUGACUUAGUUGAAUAUGUGAUGUAUCAUUGUGUGAUCAUGUUAAAAUUAAAAUAUAAAUGCAAACACAGAUAUUUGUUCCCUUAUUACUAUUCCUCAUUGUUUUAUACUCAGAUACUUCAAAUUAUAUUAAAAAAUAAAUGACCCAAAUUAAG